GUUUUCUGUAAUUUAGAGAAAAAAACGUAUUUCACUGCGUAUUAUUUCGUUCAUUCGCAUGUGCUAUCGCGAUUGUGCAUCGGUUCUCCGUUAAUUCGCGGUGCAUUACUCCGUAUAUUCACGAAACGAUAUAUGUGCAGUCGCGAACACAUGGUCGAGUGCGAGAAACGUGCUUUCUCGAUGCAAACACCUUUGUAUGCGUGACUGCGGCAUUCUGCAAUUAAGGGAACGUUUCAUUGCAAAUGCACUUGGCUGCGAUUUGCGAUACGAUUACCGCGAUCGAUGGAGGAACUCGCUAAAUCGAUCCACUGAGAUCAAUACCGCUCGCCGUUUUAUUUUGACCGACACGUUGAUCGGGCAUCCUCCAUUUCCCUUCAGCGCUGUUAACCUAUUCAGUGGUCAGUAGAGUAUCGCGUGCCGACGUAAUUUCGUAGAUGCAAGAUUAUGGGAGUAGAAUAUAUGUUUCAAGUGUGACAUCUUGGUACUUAUAUUUAAUAGAGAAACCUAUAUUUAUCGAAUUAUUGAUUCGAUGUGUGGUAGAGAUUAAUUUUAUAUGAGAGCAAAAAUCUACAAGCAAAAUGCCGCAGAACGAAUACAUUGAGAGGCAUCGUAAGUUGUACGGUCGUCGCCUGGACUAUGAGGAGAGGAAAAGGAAGAGAGAGGCACGUGCGCCUCACAAACGAGCGGAGCAGGCCCGUAAAUUGCGCGGUUUAAAGGCCAAGAUAUUCAACAAGGAGCGACGCAAUGAGAAGAUUCAAAUGAAAAAGAAGAUCAAGGCCCACGAACAGAAGAGGGUCAAAGAAAAGUCCGAGAAGCCGGAGGAUGGUGCGAAGCCUGCCUACCUUCUGGAUCGUGCUGUUGCCAACAGAGCCAAGGUUCUGUCCAACAUGAUAAAGCAAAAGCGCAAGGAGAAAGUUGGCAAAUGGGAAGUUCCGAUACCUAAAGUCAGGGCACAGUCAGAGUCGGAAGUUUUCAAAGUAGUGAGAAGCGGCAAGACGAAACGGAAGUCUUGGAAGAGAAUGGUGACCAAGGUGACCUUCGUCGGAGAGAAUUUUACGAGGAAACCACCGAAAUUUGAGAGAUUCAUCAGGCCGAUGGCACUUAGAUUCAAAACUGCGCAUGUCUCUCACCCUGAGCUCAAGGCAACGUUCUCUCUUCCGAUCAUUGGUGUCAAGAAAAAUCCGAGCUCUCCUAUGUACACGAGCUUAGGCGUCAUCACUAAGGGAACUGUCAUUGAAGUAAAUAUCUCGGAAUUGGGUCUUGUAACGAGCUCGGGCAAGGUCGUCUGGGGAAAGUACGCGCAAGUUACGAACAACCCCGAGAAUGACGGGUGUAUCAAUGCUGUCUUGCUUGUAUAAAUCUUAUUAUUUGUAUAAGAUUAUUAACUCUUUAUAUUUUUAUUGUAAUGAUUAUUUCAGAAAUAAAAUUAUUGACGUCUUACGUAUUUACAGAAA